AUGGCCGACCCAAUUGAGCACCACGACAUUCUCAUCCUGGGCGCCGGACUCUCGGGCAUCAACACCGGCCGCGUCCUCCGCCAGCAGCUCCCCCACCGCUCCUUCACCAUCCUCGAGGCUCAGGAGGCCGUCGGCGGCACAUGGCGCUUCUUCCGCUACCCCGGUUUCCGAUCCGACUCGUUCAUGACCUCGUUCGGCUUCUCGUGGCAUCAAUGGAGGCAUAGGCACAAGAUGGCUCAGGCUGGCGAGAUUGUUGAAUAUCUGGAGGAGGCUGUCGAUGCUGCUGGCCUGAGAGACAAGAUCCGCUUCCGCCACAAGAUGGUGGGGUGUGAGUGGAGGACAGAUGAGCAGCAGUGGAGGGUCGAGGUUGAUGUUGAAGGCGAGCGCAAGGUGUUUGCUGCCAACUUCGUUAUCAGCUGCGUGGGAUACUACUCGUACGACAAGGCAAUGGAGGCUACCAUUCCUGGCAUCGAGGACUUUGGUGGACAGGUCGUACACCCGCAAUGGUGGCCUGAGGAUCUCGACUAUUCCAACAAGCGUGUCGUGGUGAUUGGGUCAGGGGCAACUGCUAUCACCGUCGUCCCUUCGCUCGCUGAGAAGGCGAGCAUGGUCACCAUGCUCCAGCGCAGCCCGUCCUUUGUCGUGUCUCGGCACACCACCUCGGGCGUCGACGACUUCUUGCGACGUUACUUCCCUUCAGUGCUGGCGUAUUGGUUCAUCUACUGGAAAGAUGUGGUUUGGGAGCUCUUCAUCACCCAGGUGAUGCUCAACUUCCCAGACAAGGCCCGGAAGGUCGUCAUGGACUCGAUGAGGGAGGCUCUGCCCAAGAGUGUCGACGUUGAUGUCCACUUCAAUCCCAGCUAUGAUCCCUUCCAGCAACGGCUCUGCAUGUGCCCGGAGGGAGACUUUUUCAAGGCUUUCCACAGGGAUAACUGCCAGGUCGUGACGGAUGUCAUCGAGACGGUGACCAAGGACGGGAUUCUGCUCAAGUCUGGUCAGAAGCUGGAAGCCGACAUCAUCAUCACUGCGACGGGACUCUACUUUCAACUUUUUAGCGGCGUGAAGCCCCUUGUGGACGGCCAGCCCAUCAACCCCGGGUCACAGUACGCAUGGAGGGGCUGCAUGAUCGAGUCUCUUCCCAACAUGGCGUUCGUGAUGGGCUACGUGACAACAUCCUGGACUCCCGGCGCAGACCUAAUGGCGAAGAUCGUGACCCGAGUCAUCAAGCAGAUGGAGAAGACGGGUUCGACGAGCGUGAUGCCGGUGAUGGAGGACCGAGAAGGCAAGCCGAAGAAUCUACUCGUCAGUGCGACGAGCAACUACUUCACCAAGGCGGCAGACAGAAUGCCCAAGGUGACGGGCGAGGCACCGUGGUACGGGCGAGUGAACUUGGGUAUUGACUGGUUGGCGUGGAUGUUUGGCAACGUCACCACGGGGCUGCUGUAUGGCGGUACUCAGAGCAAGAAGGACUCAUAG